CACCGCAUUGUGAGGUUGUGUUAGUGCAGUUAUGUCGCCCAGAUGUGUGAGAUCUUUCCUGGAAUGUGCUGUUUGUAGGAAUGAACAUAGAUGACGUCUUUAAGUUUACAAUUAUAUCUAAAAAAUGUACUGAAUUAAUGUUUUAAAUCUAUCAUACUGUAUCUCUAGUGUGUGGAAUCACUUGUUAAGUUGUUACCUCAUACUCAUAGUAGGAAAACGUUAGUUGAAACUUCAUCGCAGAGAGAGUUGACAACUGCCUUCUUUGACUGCGAUGCUGCCAUGAUGGGUUGGCAGCUGAGCACAAGCCCGGUGCUCGCUCGCGUGCUCCUCCUCUGCCUGCUCGUGUCACGUAGCGAGGCUUGCUCCAACCCACCCGUUAUCAGGGAGAGCGACGCGGACGGCAGCUACAUCUUCAAGAAAGAAGCAAACAAUAACUUGGUUCUGCACUGCGAUGGCGGCGACUCCAGCGUGUCUUGGGUCGUGGAGGGGGCUACCUGGCACGAGUCAGCGAGCGUCACGCAAGAACCCCCCAACACUGCCAUUAUAACGAUAACUGACGUAUAUGUCGAAGACACUGGCUACUUCGAAUGCCGCGCCAACUCUCAUUGUUCUUCGAAAGUUUACGUCUUCAUCGACGAUGGCGCCCACGGAUUCGUGAAUCCUAAUGAAAUUGAGACAGUGCAGGGGACGACCGCUGAUCCUGAGAUCAUAAUCGACUGUCGCACCAACAAACCUGACACCGUCGUCUUCCUCAGCAAGGACGGCGUCAAUGUGAACGAUAACCGAUUUAUGUUCAAUGCACGAAUUGGUUUCGUGCUCAAAAACCCAGCCGUGACAGACAGUGGGCUUUAUAAAUGCCACACUAAUAAUGAACGCCCAGAUUCUUUGAUACGAGCCACCACAGUCACGGUCAAACCGGGCACGUUAUCUCCGCUGUCUGUACCUUCCAUCCAAGCUCCACCUAACUCACAUUUCGUGGUCGGUCAUCCGUUCCACCUGGAGUGCGUCGUGCCGAGCCAGCUUGAAAUAACUUUUUAUUGGAUGCACGCAGGCAGCCCGGUAGGACUGAAGGAGGUAAAGGUUCAGAACAACGACCGCAUCAAGAAGUCAACUUACUCGGUGUCGUCCGCCAAGACGUCCGACUCAGGCUCGUACCAGUGCAUGGUGAAGAGAGGCAUAAAUAAAUCAGAUUCCCCGUUGUUCAAUGUUACAAUUCUAGAGAGUAAAGCUCCGGUGCUGAACGUGUCAUCGGAACCGCUAAUUAUUUAUGUGAAUGAAACUGACCCCCUGUCAUGGAAGAGAAUGGUGGAGUUCUACCCUCAUCAUCCCGUGCUGUCUUACAACAAUUCCCGCAACGAGAGCAUCUCGUCCUCUGGCCCGAGGGUGAACUGGACGUUCAACUCGACCACAGGAGAAGCAUGGCUCUAUAUCAAGAAAGUUCAAACCUCAGAUUUUGGCAACUGGACGUUGGUCGCUGAAAUGGGCGACCUGCGCGUAAUAUCGAGGGUGGAAAUCAUCGUUUUUAGUUCACCAAAGGUACAAUUGCUAGUACCUAACUCCAUGAAUCCUGGCCCUGUAAACGUUUCUUGUGACGUCACGAGCUACCGCUUUGUGAAGGGAAGCAACCGCACCAAACAAACCGUCAAUAUCUCGUGGAUGUUGGCUGAUUGCGUUGACCAAUCAUCUUACUGCGAAUUGAAGCCUCUCGAAAUUCAGUCGGAAAUACGGGCGAGCGGGAACCAAAUUAAGGCGACGCCUGUAGUGGAUGGCAGCAAGUUGCAGUACAUCAACUCGUCGGUGACACUCAAGUGUGUGGCAAAGACCGACACCGAGGAAGACUCGGACGAGAAAAUUAUUCUUGUCACUGAUCUCGCUGAUCCGUGGGUGUUCGCCCACUGUAGGGACGACGGAUCCGUUGAGCACUUCAAAAAGCUCGAGUCUUCCAUAAAUGUGGUGGUGAACGACAAUUUUGAAGUGUGGUGCAACGCUACCGACAUCCUCUACCUUCCCCCCGUGCUGUCUUUCAGUGGAGACGUAGAGCAUAAAAAAACCAUCUUUCAUGGCGACUACUCGAGCUCUAGUGGGAUCAGGCUCAAUGUGAGCAAAGCUUUGAAUGGAACAAAGUUCACCUGCUCAGUUACGCACAAGGGAAGCAAUACCGUUGAAGUGAAGAGCCUUGAAGUAGUCGUUGAAGACGAAAAACCCAUUACCUUGUCGGCCUCAAGUAAUACAAAGCUCGAUGUCAUACCCGAGGACUACAGAGAACGCGGAACAAAUUACACCAUCAUUUGUGAACCUGAAGCGAAGCCCAUGCCUCGUAUCAAGUGGCUCAAGGACGGAGAGGACAUACACUUCAACAGAACGAUCAUGCACUUCGACUACUUGGAGCCUGAGGACGAAGGCACCUACACUUGCCUUAUGAGUUGGCGAAGAAGAGAGUAUAAAGCCUCCCUCGCCCUUUACAUUUCAGACCCUAGAGCGUCGGCUAUCUGGUGGGUGCUGGGUAUUGCAGGGGCUUUCAUCAUCAUCCUGAUAGGUGCAGCCACGUCUUUGGUCCUGCGAUUAAAACGAGAAAAAGCCAAAAGUGAGCAACGGAAGGCUGCCAGACGCAUUCUUUUCCAAACUGGCAAGAUUGAUGAGAUCAACGCACAGCUCAUGGUCGAGGACCAAGCAGACCUUUUACCGUACGACACAUCCUUCGAAGUGCCGCGAGAUAGGAUUAAAAUUGGUCGUCAACUUGGCAGCGGCGCCUUCGGUCGUGUGGUCAAAGCCGAGGUUUUUGACCUCAAUGAUGAUGGAAACUACUCUCCUGUUGCCAUCAAGAUGACCAAGUCCAUGAGCGAUGCUUCUCACGUCAAAAGCCUCGCCAUCGAGCUCAAAAUUAUGAUCUACCUUGGCAAGCACCUCAACAUCGUCAACCUGAUCGGAGCCAACACCCAAAAUAUUGAUAAAGACGAGCUGUGGCUAUUGGUCGAGUAUUGCCAGUACGGCGAUCUUCUCUCAUUCAUACAUCGCUACCGCAAGAAGUUUGUUGAUCAAAUUGAUCCUGUGACGGACGAAAUCAAUUACAGCUUCAUGGCGGUCACUCCCAACUGCUACGCGUCUCCGUUCUCUCCUGGAGUCAACAACUACAAGAAGCGCGAUAGACCGAGCGAGUGUAGCGAAGUCCCGAGCCCCGGUGGUUAUAUGGUGCCCCAGUCGCUCUCAAAGCCCAUUGUGUUGGCGGACCCACCGAAGGGUCACUCCGCUCGCUCUUCUCGCGACACCUCGCCUCAAUCAACUCCGUUUCCCUCUUCCGCCGCUGGGCCCGAGAACCUCUUAGUAGGCAACCCAGGCUACGGCGUGUUGAGCACCUUUGUGAACCAAGAGCCACCGACACCAGGCUCAGAUUCUCAAUGUCCUGCUUCGCCACCACCGACCGUUGUUCCACCAGACGUUGUUCCUCCACCAACACCGCCCUCAUUCACCGCUCCUUACGUCAAUAUGGGAGUGGUACAGUCGGCCAAAGAAGAAGUGACCCAAUCCCACAAUACAGACGUUUUUUCAUCCCCAACAAGUCCCCCUCCGUACGUAACACAAAGCUUUACACCCAAUAAGUCCCCGCGUAGGCACGAUAGCACCAGCUCCAACGUGUUCUCUAACUCGUACAGGUCAGGAUCAAUGACUGGACCUUACCGACGAUACAACACGGACAUGACCACAGUCAGCUCUGCAGGACGGCCUUUCUCGCCAGCAGAUGUUUGGCUGGACUCUCAAGGUAACCCCAUCAACAACGAUGGCACGGCCAUCCCAGGCCUUGGACAUCCCUUCACUACCACGGAGAUCAUCUGCUGGUCCUGGCAAGUGGCCCAAGGCAUGGAGUAUUUGACGCGGAGGAAGAUCCUCCACGGCGACCUUGCCGCACGAAACCUUUUACUUGCCGAGGGCAACAUCGUCAAGAUCAGCGACUUUGGUCUCUCCAGAGACAUGUACAAGAAAGAAAUCUACACCAAGCAAGGAGAUGACCUGCUGCCCAUCAAGUGGAUGUCAAUCGAGGCGAUCAGAGACCGCAUGUUCAGCACCCAGAGCGACAUCUGGGCCUACGGCAUCGUGCUGUGGGAGCUCUUCAGUCUGGGCAUGGCUCCGUACCCCGGGGUGGAUGUCAACCCCAAGUUCCUGAGCGACCUCGAGAACGGCAUGAGGAACGCCAAGCCCAAAUACAGCAACGGGAUAAUAUACGAGCUGAUGGAGGACUGCUGGAUCGCCGAGCCCAGCGACCGCCCGAGCUUCUCCGAGAUCCUGGCUCGCCUCGACCACCUCCUGCACGACGACGUCCGCGAGAACUUCGAGAAGCUGAACGAAGAAUACGAUCGCAGCAACCAGAACUACUUCGCUGGGCGGACGGACUACCUCAGCAUGUUCUCUUCCCCAGACUUCAACAACUUACAGAAAGCGGAGAACGACGAGUGUCGAUAUUUCAAUAUGGAGGACAUGACUGACCAAGAACGCCAGAAAGCCAGCGAGUAUCUGAGUAUGAGGAAGUCCUCGUACGCCGACCAGGGCGAAGUGCCGGGAUAUCUCAGCAUGAAAACCUUCUCUGAGCAUCAUCCUUCUCCUCCUCCUCCUCCUCCUGCUACUGAUCCCGUCGAUAUCUUCAGCCCCAACCCUCGGGACACUUCGCUACCCAAUGGCAGCAGGUUCACUUUUCACAGUUCAGAUGACUUACCCCGGACAGAGAUUCUCUAUUCUCCCACUCCCUCUAGUGUUUCUUCUUGUUAUGUGCCUUUACUGCAAACUCCUAGUCCGACCGAUGGUUGUGAAAUGGGCGAAGACAAAUGUCACGGAGGUGAUGAUGAAGGGCAAGAUAUUAAUACCCUUUUACCUAUCCCUGAAGAUGAUUGUGUGACAAAUGAAGAUUCCUUUGCGACACCUAAGCCCGAUUACUGUAACAUGAGAGUCUAGACUAUAGACGACAAUAAUGUCGGGUCAUCUAUAUAGAGAGGACAAAUAAUCAUUGGAUUCUCUAAAAGCACAACUGCUGUAAAUAUAAUAGCAUUUCCGUAAGUAUCGUCGUUGAGAUUCAGUCUGAUUCCGGUCAUAAUUGCAGAUAAUUUAGCACCGGCCAGAUAAUGAUUUCGUACAUUUGUUUCAUUUUCUAAUGCGUGUAAACUGAAUUGGCUCGUGACAUUUUUCAUGCGAUCAAUUUGAAAGCUUUACUUGCUGGUUUUCGUCGCUGUUUCAGUAAAACAUCAUUCAUGGCCUCGCGAUGCGCUGCUAAAAUUUUGUUACGUGACUCUGCACGAGUAAUAUUGCACCCUGAAGACCGUGGCACCCAUGGUUGAAUUAAGGGUUCCAUGGUUUGAAAAUCAUAGAAUAAGGGUUUUUUAAUACAUUCAACCAUGGCGGCACCUACACGGCUCUGGAAGAUUCAGGCGUCGCCAGAUUGUGCCGCGCGUCCACCUCCUGCUCGUCAGGAUAAUUUGAGACUGAGCAGUGAGCGCAGAGUUUUUGAUAUAUUAGAUGAUUAUUUUAAACGGUAACUGUCUGCAAACUGGUUAUGUCCGUGUUGAAUAUUGUCAAAUUUGCGUGUAUCUACAGAAGGAAAGAUAACACAAUCUUUAUUUUCAUCGAUUACACACAACUUUCACUUUACUGUUUCCUCUUUAGUGCUAUUUCUAAAGAAAGAGGCUCCUAUUGUGAGCGGAGAAAGGUCAAUGCAUCGUGCCAACUGAUUAUCUGUUAGUACGAUAGCGAUAAACUUCUGCAUUUCCGUGGAAAACGGCCUAUCUGGCAUAUGCAAAAUAGGAUACAUUUGAUUACGCAGACAAAUAAGUUUACGUGUUUUGACAAAUUCACGUGUUUUCGUAUUCUAAAUGUUUGCUUUAGCUUCAACUACAGUUAUUUUAGCAGAAACACAUUGAUAGGAUGGUAUUUUCAUAUAUGUAAAUGAUUUUAUGUUAAUAGAGCAUAUGAACGAAAUUCCGUAAUAAUGAACCUUAUAAUGAUUAACAGCUAGAUUUGACUCGUGUAAUUGAUGGAGUAAAAGCAAUCAAAUUUUCGAUUCACCUCGAAAAUUUGGCCAAAAAAUUUAUAUCAUUCUUCGUUCAACAUUUUUAUGAUGAUCGGAAGAUAAGUUAUAAUUUAUCGUAUUUAAUUAGAUGUUCUCGACAGAAUUGAUGGCGGUAAUAAAUGAUAUUUUCGUGUUAUUUUACACGUUUUUAAGCAUAACCCGAUAAUAUAUCUUCCUCUGUAUGCUUUCCUACAUAAUAAGUGACACUAAUGAAUGCUGACAAUGCAAUGUUUUAAACGAGUAUUUUAAGUUGGCGCUUGUCGCAAUUCUUUAUAUUCCAUGACUAAAUUUUUGCUAGAAUUUCCCAAAUUUCAGAAAUUUCAAUUGUAAAUAUAUUGUACAGCGUAUUUUUAUUAGGACAAUCGUUCGUUCCUUUGCUUCUAUCUAUUGAUACUGGUGCAUUAGUUUCAGGAACGCUUUAGCUUUGCAUGUAAUGUUAAGUAGUUCACAUUCCAGCUUUGCGGCUGUUAUCCAUUUAAUAUUUUGUUUUGUAUUUGGCCCGGCAUUAAUAAAAAUAUUGUUCACAUAUAUAGUUAUCGUAAUUCCACCAAGUUUGAAUUAUUAACUUGGGUAGAACAGUAAGGAAUUAUCCCUCAACUAUUUCACGUCGUUAAUUCGGUGUACAAAAUUACGGUCUCGAUGUCAUGUUUCAACCAUUCUAUAUACGUAAUUUCACUGGUAUUUGCACCCAAAGGAACUUGAUUUUCUGCAAUUAAUGAAAUGUUUUUAAAUGAAUUUCUUGCUAAAUUCAAAAUUGCGAAUUUAUUACUGACGGUUUAAAUCCAAUGAUUGAGAAUUAAUUAACCGCCUUCAUAUUCCAUGAAUAACGGUUGAGAAACAUAUUUUUUCGAUAAAUUUUUGCAAAUCUUACUCCGACAUCUCCCGGAUUGCUCGAUUUUAGUUUAAGUUUAUGGAACUUUUUUAAUAAUUUUUAAAAUUAUGCUGCGUUGUUAUUACAAAGCAUUGAACUGACUAGAGCUAGUGGUUUUUAAAUAAAUAACUACGAAAUUUUUAAUCCUUUUGGUUCACAAUUUGACAAAUGCUGCACUUGUUAUGGAAUGCAAACGCACGGAAUUAAUUUUCCUGGUUCCCCCAAAUUGUCACUUAAAUGAAUUGCUUGCGCAUCUUGAGUGAGUUUUAUAUUUUGUUUAAUCGAAACUAUAAUAUUUUAGUUGUGUAUUGUAAACUGUACAAUAAAGCCUCUCGCAUAAAAAUUAAUCUACGUUUUAUAAAUAUUCUGUGUAGUGGUGUACGAUAUUUGGAUGCAUUAAACGCUGGAUUAAA